UAAAAAGUUUACUUUAUAGUUUGCACUUCAAGUUUGCAUUACGGUUGAUGUGAGCCUCAGCGUGGAAUAUGAAAAAAGUCUUUGUUCAUGUCUUGUUAAUUCUACAAUCUGUGUGGCCAGGGAGCACAACUUUCUCAGAAUUGAACAAUUCGGAUCCCAAAUUUAGUGGCCCCAUAAACAAUGUAACGGUACCUGUGGGACGGGACGCGCUGCUCACGUGCAUCGUGCACGAUCUGGUUAGCUAUAAGGUAGCCUGGCUGCGCGUCGAUACCCAAACCAUAUUGAGCAUACAGAAUCAUGUUAUCACGAAAAAUCAUCGCAUCGGCAUCUCGCACACGGAACAUCGCAUCUGGCAGCUGCGAAUACGCGAUGUACACGAAUCGGAUCGUGGUUGGUAUAUGUGCCAAAUAAACACGGAUCCGAUGAAAAGUCAAAUGGGCUACUUGGACGUGGUUGUGCCGCCGGACAUUGUUGACUAUCAGACCAGUCAGGAUGUGGUGCGUGCCAGCGGCCAGAAUGUGACGCUCACCUGCACAGCCACGGGCGUGCCACCGCCCACCAUAACCUGGCGGCGCGAAGAGAACGCACCAAUGCUCUGGCUGCCAGACAAUGCCAACGGCGACGACGACGACGGCGAAAUGAAGGAGAGAGAAGUCUACAGUGUGGAGUCACAAAAUCUGACAUUGUGGCAACUGCAACGCGAACAUAUGGGCGCCUAUCUGUGCAUCGCCUCCAAUGGAGUGCCGCCAACGGUCAGCAAGCGGAUAAUGCUGGUGGUUAACUUUGCGCCCACAAUCUGGACGCGUUACGAUACGAUCUAUGUGGGCGUGGGUCAGAAGCUAACGCUCGAAUGCAUUAGCGAAUCCCAGCCAGCUUCCAUUAAUUUCUGGCUCAAAGAUAAGGAGCUGCUGCAGGGUGGCACCUACGAUGCCCGAACCGUUGAUCAUGUCCAUCGGAUUGUGAUGCGGAUCACAGUGCGACCUUUGACUAAGCACGAUUUUGGUGAAUACAAAUGCAUUGCAAAGAAUGCAUUGGGCGAGACAGAGCGCAGCAUAACAGUGCAUCAUAAAGCCAAAAAACAUGUGCAGCACUCCCAUCAAACUUCAUCGCGCGACAAUCAGUUUAUUGUCAUCGAAGAGUAUUUGGCAAAUAGAGCGUUCAUUAGUUGCCAUACAAAUAUUAUAAGCUAUGCGUGUAUCAUAAUCGUCAAUUAUUUUACUAAAGUUUUGUGUUUGUAA